UACAGUAACCAAAAAAAAAAGAAGGGAAUUGUGGAGAAAAAUGGUGCAUUGAACAGCAACCAGAUGCGUUUUCUUCUAACUCCGAUUCCAAUCUCAGUGACUCCAAGUCUGCCUUUCUAAUGGUUGUUGUCCAAGCUUCCAAGCUGAAGCUCCCCAACCCUCCCCUCUCCUCCUUCCCGCCUCCCAUAACCUCUCUCCUCUUCGAACCCCACUCUCUCUCUCUAGCCCUCAUGCACUCCGACUCUUGUUUCUCUCUUUACCCUUCUCUCUCCCCUCUUUCUUUAUCCUCCCUCCCUCCCCCUCAAACCAUCAUUCCUCCUCCUUCUUCCUCCUCCGCCUUCAUUCUCCUCCAAAGUCAAAACCCUAACCAUAAUCCUAGCCCUAACCCUACGAACACGCGCACUCUUUUUGUUGUAUCGGGUCCGUACAGAGGUGGGUCCCAGGUUCUCCUCCGGUUCUAUGUUCUACUGCGGAGGAGCAAGUCGUUCGCCAGAGCCCAGGUCGUUUGCAAUCAGAGAGGUCUUCGGUUCGAUGAUAAAUUGGGGGUUUUGGUCGAUGUGAAUCACGGGGUUUCGGUUCGGCUCUCUGGGUCUGUCAAUUUCUUCGCUAUAUACUCUGGGUCGAGCUCGAGAAUUUUGGUUUUCGCGGUAAGAACUGUAGGUGAGGAUGAUGGGGUGGUUGUGAAAUUGAUGAGGAGCGCUGUGAUUGAGUGCUCCAAGCCCGUCUUCUCGAUUAGCAUCUCGUGCGGGUCCUUGAUUUUGGGGGAGGAAAACGGGGUUAGGGUUUUCAAUCUGAGGCCCCUCGUUAAAGGGCGGGUUAGGAAUUAUUCGAGUUCGGGUAUGAAUUUGACAAAUGGGACAUUUUUGAAUGAGAAAUCGGAAGGUCGAGGAUUGCAUUUACCGAAUGGCGAAAUUGGGGAUGAUAAUACCAAGUACAGAGGUGGCCAAAGUGGUGGUGAAGGAGCUUCAAGGGUUACUAGGAAUGGCUAUUUGGAUGGGAGGAUUGAUAAGCAUUGCGAAUCUGUGAAGCAGAGUUCCAUUAGAUUGAGACAAGACUCUAGUGAAGGAGGUGCAUGUUUUGUGCCAUUCGCAGCUGAUGAGGUUGGAUCCUCAUCAUCCACUAGAAUGCUACUUAUGUUGGUAAAGGCAAUCUCCAUCCAGGCGUUGUCUCCAAAAAAAUUUGUAAUCUUGGACUCAGCCGGAGAUUUACACCUAUUGCACCUAUCCAAUUCUGCCAUUGGAUCUGCUACUUUUCACAUGCAGCAAUUGCCCCACAUCAUGAAAGUGCAAAAGUUGGCUAUUCUUCCUGAUGUUUCUAUAAGGACUCAAACUGUUUGGAUAUCUGAUGGAUAUUAUUCUGUGCACAUGAUGGCAGCAUCUGACAUGGAUACUUCUGUGAACGAGAAUGAAAGAAAGGAAAGUGAAGAAAAGUUAAUGCAAAUCUCAGUUAGUCAGGCAAUUUUCACCAGUGAAAGGGUAGAAGAUGUUAUUCCUUUGGCUUCGAAUGCUGUUUUGAUUCUUGGACAAGGAAACUUGUAUGCAUAUGCAAUUUCCUAAAGUUCCUCAGGUUCUCAGCGAUUAUAUCUUUAGUGGAAAGCUAUGUUCCAGGAGCUAAUAGAUGAUGUCUGCCAGUUUGAGUGGGUUCCUGGAUCAAUUGUUCUGUGCUCCCGUUGAUUUUCAUGCAUCCUCUGAUUACCAUGGUUCGCUUUCAUUAUGUUGUUGAGUCACAAGCUGUAGCCGCCUCAUUUAUUUAUUGGUGCAUGAAACCUCAACAACUGCGGAGCUCUUGAAGGAAGUAUAGAAUCAUGGUAACCAGUUGGAUUACUCGUCACGGAGUUCUGAAGAUCAAGUUUUAUAACAGCUCAAAGCCGCCACCUCUGUGCUACACAUCCUGCUUCCAUGAGCUGCAAGACAACUUCGCCCCAGAUGUGAACUUGUCGGCAGCAGUUCAUCUGUUUUCCUCUAUUUUGGAGCUCGCAUCAAGUCCAAGCUUGUCUACUGGAGGACUGGCGAUGAUAUGAUCCAUCAUAAGUUGCUUUUAUCUGUUGCAAGAUUGUGUAUGAUUUGGAUGGAACUCCAUAAUAUUCCUUUACAUUCAGGUCUGUAAAACUCUUUCGGUUUGGAAUUGUUUGAACUAAUGGGCACAGAUAAAUGGGGGUGGUCACCCGUUUCAAUGUGGUAGUUAUGCUUAUAAAUUGUAAUGCCGAAUGGCAUAUUUGGUAAUUUUCGAGUAACUUGUGAAACUUUGAUCAAUUAUCAACUUUUUUUCCC